AUGAUAUAGGAAAAAUAUGAAGCCAAAAAAACUGAAUAUAAAUCUUAGCGCGUGAGGCAUGGCUACACGCUGAAUUUGAAUAAUAUCUUUGAUGACUUGGAUCUUGAAUAAGAUAGUGAUUUCAAGUCACUUCUCGAUUAUCAACUCUUCGAUAAAGUGCGUAAAAAAAUUAAGACAGCUUAGCAUUAACAAAAUACAGAAAAAGAAAACAGUAUCGAGAUGGAAUAAGAGCCAUUGCCACAAAAACACAAUGAAAAUAAUUAUAAUAAUAUGGGAAUGUUUGAGUUUUAUUCUUGCUUUUAAUAAAAUUCAAAUUUUUGUGAUAUACUUAAAACUGGAAAAUUGUCUGAUUAGCUUAAAACAAGCGAAUUUUCACCAAAAGACAAACAAAUAUUGUCAUAGUUGAGUGUGAAAUAACUCCAAAAAAAUAUAAACCUUGCUGACACUAAAACAAUAAAUUCUGACCAAAUUAUGAGUCCAGACAGCACUCAGUACUAUGCUUGCAGAGAAAGCGAAGAGGACGAAGAUGACGAAUAAGAAGAAAAAAGCACUGCUCCAAUUGAUUUUGACAUUGAAAACGAUUAAAUAAAUUCAAAUUCCAUGCUGCAAGAAAGUCCAACAAGCUACAAUUCAUCUUAUUCCUAGCGCAGCAUUUCGUCUCCUAUAAUGUCGUUGACGAAACAAUAUUAAAUUGGGAAUGAUUUUGUCAUUAUUGAACAGAAUAAAGUAAAAAGAAGGCAAAAAAACCAUGCUAUGUACAAAAAAUACAGAUGCUACAUGCAAUAAGAUAGUGAAUAAUAUAACAUUCUUUAAUUAGAAAGUUCGCAAGAAAACAUAGAUUUGAUACAUAACUAUCAACAGUUCAACCAAAGUGACUGCGUUCUCCAACACAAAUACACUAUAGAAGAAGACAAUUAUAUUUUCUUAAUUACAGAAUAAUUUGAAAGCUUCCAUUUAGAAUAUCCAAUCAAUACAAAUUUUUAGCUAAUUAUUGCAAGCAUUAAAAAAAUUUGUGAUUUUCUAUUAUAAAUUCUCGAAAACAAAGUUAUUUAACUUGAAAUAAAAGCUGAACAUCUUUGCUGGACAGCGAAUGGAUAAAUAAAACUAGGUUUUGAAGUCUUUAAGCAUAUGACUAAAAGCCAAAGCUAUAAGUCUUCCAAAUUUAUGUAAAUAGAAACAUCAAAAAAGUUUUGUGAAUAGAUUAUAUAAACUCUCAAAGAAGUCUCAGAAGGAUUGAGCUACGAAAUAAAAAGCGAAUUGAAUAGAUUUAUUGAAUAGUAAGAACAAUAAGAAGAAAAGUGCACUUUACAAUAAUUUCUAAAGCACCCUGUUUUUCAAAUAUAGAAUCUAUAGUACUACUAAAUAUGUUGA